AUGACUUCCAUCAACAAAGAAAGCUUUGUCGAGCGUAAAGACCUUGUUCAGGUUCACGACCACUGUCCAGAACAACCUUAUAUCGAACUCGAGAUCCCACAAGACGCCAAGAGGGUUAUCGCUGUCAGCUUCGGAGGAUUAUCGCGUGAUCAAGGCUGGGCAGAUAAUGCCGAAAAAGUAUCGUUCACUUGGUUUGAUGCUUCCGUUAAACGCCCCGAAGGCCGUGGAGACCUCCGCACGAUCCUCGUUCACAACAAUCGCCUUGCCGAACAAGAACCCCAAGACUGGACAGAAAGAUGGCACAUCUGGCUUGGUCCCCGAAAGCGUUUAUGGAUCGAAGCUCUGCGCCCUGGAGAUGUUAUUCAACUGAUCCCUCGAGCUAUGUACAUGGCCUGGACAAAUAUCAUCCACGAAGGACGACUCAAGAUUGAGUACGAAGCAAAUGAUCCUCUGCAAGAUCUUAAAUCGCUCUCAAUUUCUUCCAACGCCUCACAUUAUGCGCAUGCACUGGAUCUCGGCCGACAAGAGGUCCGGCUGUUACAUGUUGAACCAGGAUCUUUCGACGACCCCAUCCACGCCCAUUUCAGCAUUGCGAGCCUUAGAGAUGCCGAGACUGUCGACUUUCAUGCGUUGUCAUACUGCUGGGGUGAUUUUUCAGAGCGCGACGAGAUUUUCCUCGACCAAAACAACACCCAAGACAAAACGUCUUUCAGUAUCGGCAAAUCUGCAGCCCAGGCUAUUCGUCGUCUGCGCCUCACGAACGAAACCCUAGUCAUAUGGAUCGACGCGGUGUGCAUCAAUCAGGAUGAUCUUGAAGAAAGAGCCCAACAAGUCACGUUGAUGACUCAGAUUUACUCCUUGGCUUCAAUUGUCCAUAUCUGGCUCGGCGAGGACAAUCACGGUAUUGAAGCGUGUCUGAAGCUCAUCCGAGAUAUUUGCAACUAUAACAGUGAGAUAUGCCAAGGUGGAGAAUCAUGUACCUGCUUCGGAACAAAGCAUCAAACACCGCUGGCCGACAUCAAAUCUUUUGGAGAGGAGAAAAAGAGAGACGGACACAAGAUUUCGUUCAAAGGAAUGUUUGAGGUUUUUGAACUUCACCUCAAGACAUGGUCCCGAGAAAUCAUCGACAUGGCGGGUUGGUACGGCAAUACUCAACUUUCAUUCCUCAUGAGCACACUUUACGAAAACCCGUGGUUCUCGAGAGUCUGGGUCAUUCAAGAAGCUCUAUCGGCAAGAGUACCGUUUGUUCACUGUUCAGCUGAACAGGUUCCCUGGGAAGAAGUCGUUCAAGUAAGCAAUUGGCUUGGGCAUCCUGGCUACGCAGCUCAAAACCCCCACAAUGCUUCCCAACAGACGUCCAUGGCUGCUAUUUGGAAGACAUUAAAGCCCAAGGGUCGAACGCGGGAAGUGCCCUCCACGCCUAUCGAGACGCAAGACACAAAGCAGCUAUCGAGUAUUCUAGAUGUGUUUCUCUCGGGUCUUGAUUUGAAGGCGACGGAUCCUCGAGAUAAACUAUUUGCCCUCCUCACCUUUGCCGACGAGACGCAUGAUGCUUCAAAGCUAGACGAACUAAUCCGACCAAACUACGACAAGUCGAAGGAGCGUGUCUUUGCCGAUUUCACACGUUGGUGGAUUCGUGAGCAUAAUUCAGUAGCGAUAUUAUCAUCAAUCCAUUGCCAGCCUACACGAACAUGGGUCAAGACUGUCGGUCCGAGCGCAGAGACCUUAGACAGUCAUCCUACUUGGUCCGUCGACCACCAGGGAAGUUCAAAAUGGACCCAGGCAAACCUAAAUGCUUGCUUCAAGUUCAAAGCUGCCGGCGACACGAAACCCAAUCUCGAGCUUCUCAAAACAAACGAUCCACUCAUUCUUCGACUUUCAGGCCUCCGUAUCACCGAGAUCAAGAAGAUCAGUUGUGUACCUAUCGAGUACAUGUAUCCUUAUCAAGGGUCUUUCGAUAAUCAACAAGAGAUAUGCAAAGUGUUCCAUCAAAUCCUAGAUCCAUGUGGCCUGACACCUUUUUGGACACGACGAAACAGCGCGGGCGACAUUCUACAAAAAACUAUCCGAGAGUGCAACCAGAAAUACAUCGACCACAUGAAUUCGCACUGGGCCUACGCCAACCGACCUGCUUUGAAAGUCUUGAAGCCAAACGCGAAGGCCGAGUUGGAUUAUUACGAGACCAAGAAGCUGCCGACUUGCAUAGAGCCGUGUUUCUUUAUUACGACAUCUGGAUUGUUUGGAUUGUGUCCUUGGGGGUCCAAAGAGGGUGAUGCGGUUGUUUUGCUUGAUGGCGGAAACGUGCCAUAUCUAUUGAGACCUGCCAAGAACGAAGGUGAUGAGUUGAAAUAUAAGCUUGUGGGUGAAUGUUUUGUCCAGGGAGUUAUGCAUGGAGAGAUUUUGGAUGCGCUUGGUGCGAAUAGCGAUCACAAACAAGUUUUCACUCUUGUUUGA